AUGUCCGGCGCCGAGGAGGCCGGCGGGGGCGGCCCGGCCGCGGGGCCUGCCGGUGCCGUGCCGGCCGGGGUCGGGGCCGGGGCCGGGGUCGGGGUCGGGGCCGGGGCCGGAGCGUCUGCGGGGCCGGCGGCGGCGCUGGGCGAGGCGGCGGGGCCCGGGAUCCCAGACGAGGCGGGCCUGGCCGGCGCCCGGCAGCUGCAGGAGGCGGCGGGCGACUCCGAUGCGCCGCCCAAGAAGCGGCUACGGGCGGCCGAGACGGCCGAGGCGGCGGCGGCGGCGGCGGCGGCGGCGGGCAGCGGGAAGCUGGAGGAGCGGCUCUACUCGGUUCUGUGCUGCACGGUCUGCCUGGACCUGCCCAAGGCCUCCGUGUACCAGUGUACUAAUGGGCACUUGAUGUGCGCUGGCUGUUUUAUCCACCUACUAGCAGAUGCCCGGCUGAAGGAGGAGCAAGCCACGUGCCCCAACUGUCGUUGCGAGAUCAGUAAGAGCCUCUGCUGCCGCAACCUGGCCGUGGAGAAGGCCGUGAGCGAGCUGCCCUCCGAGUGUGGCUUCUGCCUGUGCCGGUUCCCGCGCUCCCUCCUGGAGAGGCACCAGAAGGAGGAGUGCCAGGACAGGGUGACGCAGUGCAAGUACAAGCGUAUCGGCUGCCCAUGGCACGGCCCUUUCCACGAGCUGACAGUGCACGAGGCCGCGUGUGCCCACCCAACCAAGACGGGCAAUGAGCUGAUGGAGAUCCUGGACGAGAUGGACCAGAGCCACCGCAAGGAGAUGCAGCUCUACAACAGCAUCUUUAGCCUGCUCAGCUUCGAGAAGAUCGGCUACACAGAGGUCCAGUUCCGGCCAUACCGCACGGAUGACUUCAUCACGCGCCUGUACUACGAGACGCCGCGGUUCACGGUGCUGAACCAGACGUGGGUCCUAAAGGCGCGCGUGAACGACUCGGAGCGCAACCCCAACCUGUCGUGCAAGCGCACGCUGUCCUUCCAGCUCCUCCUCAAGAGCAAGGUGACGGCGCCCCUGGAGUGCUCUUUCCUGCUGCUCAAGGGCCCGUACGACGACGUGAAGAUCAGCCCUGUCAUCUACCACUUUGUCUUCACCAACGAGAGCAACGAGACGGACUACGUGCCGCUGCCCAUCGUCGACUCCGUGGAGUGCAACAAGCUGCUGGCUGCCAAGAACAUCAACCUGCGGCUCUUCCUGUUCCAAAUACAGAAGUAGGCAGCCCCGUGGCACUGCCCACGCCUGCCCGGCAGCGGCCUCACGGCGCCAUCGCCCAUCUCAGCCAAGGAGAAGGAACAGAAGCGAACACUGGGACGUCUGCAUGCGUGUGCGAAGGUGGGAGCGCCCCCCUCGCCCUCUGCCCCACCUCCCCUGUCCCGGGCGCUGGAGGCCGGGCCACCGCAGAGGAGACGCUGCUCCGGGACCCAAGGGGCGCGGCACAGCACGGCAGCCUGGCCCCGGCCCCUACCGCGCAGCGGGCCACACUCCUGCUCUGGGCCACACAUGGGGCUGCGCACGGCCCCUGGGCCGGGCUCGGGGGCGCUGACCUCAGACGGCAUAUUUGAUUGCAAUUAAAAAGGCACCCUUGUUUCCUA